GAACAGAUUGUGUUGCUCUCCACUCCUGCAGCCUGACUGAAGCAGCGCGCCAUGCGACCGGAGGUGACGUCAGCCGCGAACGUAAACAAUGAUUCUACAUCCGCUUCUCGUGAACGGACACAUUUGUUUUUAAAGGGUCGGUGUGUAAUUCCGUGUAAAGAUGUUAUCCACGAUCGCGUGAAGGUGUGCGUGACGUCACGCACCGACUGACACGCGAGGUGACAUUUUUAGCUCGAGCUGUGAGCGACAAACACAGACGGUUUUGGUGUGGAGUGGGUGAAUGAGCAAGAGAAAGGUUAUUUGAGAACGGGCUUUGGACACAAAGCCUUGAGAUGGAGAAGAUGACCAGGGUCAGCGGCACUGUCAGUGGCUGUACCAUGUUUUGUCACCUGGAUGCACCUGCCAACGCCAUCAGUGUGUGUCGGGAUGCUACGCAGGUGGUGGUUGCCGGGCGGAAUAUUUUCAAGAUUUACGGUCUGGAGGAGGACGGGUUCGUGGAGCGGCUGAACCUGCGUGUGGGACGCAAACCCUCGCUGAACUUCAGCUGUGCGGACGUCAUGUGGCAUCAGAUGGAGGAGAACCUGCUGGCCACCGCCGCCACUAACGGAGCCGUGGUGAUGUGGAAUCUGGCGCGGCCCUGCCGUAACAAACAAGAGCAGCUGUUCACCGAACACAAGCGCACAGUCAACAAAGUCUGCUUUCACCCCACUGAGGUCAACAUGCUGCUGUCCGGCUCUCAGGACGGAUUCAUGAAGUGUUUUGACCUGCGCAAGAAGGAGAGCGUCAGCACCUUUUCUGGUCAGUCUGAGAGCGUGAGAGAUGUGCAGUUCAGUAUUAAGGAUUAUUUCACGUUUGCGGCCUCGUUUGAGAAUGGAAACGUGCAGCUGUGGGACAUUCGCAGACCCGACCGAUACGAGAGGAUGUUCACGGCGCACACCGGACCCGUCUUCUGCUGUGACUGGCACCCUGAGGACAGGGGUUGGCUCGCCACAGGUGGACGGGACAAGAUGGUGAAAGUCUGGGACAUGUCGACCAACCGCGUGAAGGAGAUCUACUGCGUUCAGACCAUAGCGUCGGUGGCCCGGGUGAAGUGGCGUCCGGAGCGCAGAUAUCACCUGGCCACCUGCUCCAUGAUGGUGGACCACAACAUCUACGUGUGGGACGUCCGCCGGCCGUUCAUCCCCUUCGCGACCUUCGAGGAGCACAAAGACGUGACCACGGGAAUCGUGUGGCGGCACCAGCACGACCCCUACUUCCUGCUGUCGGGGUCCAAGGACAGUACGCUGUACCAGCACAUGUUUAAAGACGCCAGCAGACCCGUCGACCGCGCCAAUCCUGAGGGACUCUGCUUCGGGCUGUUUGGAGACCUGGCGUUUGCUGCUAAAGAGAGUCUGAUGAGCGCUCCCCAGUCUGUAGGCGACGUGGGGCGUAAAACCUACCCGGGCGGCGAUCGGCGGUACCCCAUCUUCUUCUUCAAGAAGCCGGAUGUGACGGAGCAGUUUGCGCAGGUGUCGAGCGCGCUCAGUGUGUUUGAGAGUGAAGCGGGCAGCAGUGUGGGGAUGGACUGGUUCAUCAACACCGCGCAGAGUUACCUGCUGAGCGGGAAGCCCUUCGCCGAACUCUGUGAGCAUAAUGCUCAAGUCGCCAAGAGACUCAACAGACCGCAGGAAUCGACCACAUGGACAAUGCUGCGAAUCAUGUUUUCAGAGCCGGCUAAUCCGUCCUUGUCAUCCAAUCACAAUCUGAAUAAAUCAGGAAACCUCCCACUCGUCAACAGCUUCAGUAUGAAGGAGAUGAGCGCUGCUCUCAAUGAGAGAAACAAAGAGAACAGACAAGACAACCUCCACAGCCUGGAGACCAACCUCAACAACAAUGACGAGAACGAGGAGACGGAGGGCAGCGAGGGUCAGGCCGAGUAUCUGUUUGGAGACGCUGAACUGGACGAUGAUGAUCUCUACAGCAUGGAGCACGACAACCAGGCAGCAGAGGAGCCCGAGUACCUGCUUCCUCAGGAGGCCUUCCCUCUACGGCACGAAAUCAUGGACCAUCCCUCGGCCCCGGAGCCGGUGCAGGAGAAGCCAGAGUCGCCCCAUGUCAGCGGGAGCGAAGCCGAGAGCACGUGUCUGACUCCCAUGGAGUCCUUCAGCCUCAUUUCCGUCUCGCAGCUGCUGUUCUCGCCUCACCUGCCGCCCAAGUUCUUCUGCCCCAUCGUGAAGGAGAUGCUGUGCUACUACGCCGAGCAGGGCGACGUGCAGAUGGCCGUAUCCGUGCUGAUCGUACUGGGCGACCGCAUCCGUAAAGAGAUCGACGAGCUCACACAGGAGCACUGGUACAUGUCCUACAUCGACCUCCUGCAGCGCUUCGAGCUGUGGAACGUCAGCAACGAGGUGAUCAAACUGAGCACGUGCGGCGCCAUCAUGUGUCUGAAUCAAACCUCCACCACCUUACACAUCAACUGCAGCAACUGCAAGCGACCAAUGAGCAACAAGGGCUGGAUCUGUGACAGGUGCCACCAGUGUGCGAGUGUGUGUGCAGUGUGUCAUCACGUGGUCAAAGGCUUGUUUGUGUGGUGUCAGGGCUGCAGUCACGGAGGACACCUGGAGCAUGUGAUGGAGUGGCUGAAACAGUCCAAACACUGUCCAGCCGGCUGCGGACACCUGUGUGAAUACACCUGACACACACACACACACACACACACACACACUCGACUCUCUCUAGCAGAGGAGCGAUCAGGCUGCUACUUAUGAGGAAAAAUAUGUAGAAUUAAUGAUUAGAUGAUAAUCAAACACAAAGGGACCUGAACACAAUCAUAUGUGUGUUAAAAACAAUCAGCCAACUCUUUUUUUAGUUUCUGAAGAUUUUGUUUUAUAAAUACAGUCUAAUGUACAUAAGAGCUGCACCUGCUUUGGGAAUGUGAUUCAUUCACCUUGAAAAUAUUCUUGAGAACUGUGUAAAUGCAGAAACACUGGUGUUUGCAAAUAAAGCCAGUCUUUACUAAUCAUCUCUGUGGUUUUGAAGACACAAAAACAUAUUAAAAGCUACUUUUUCGAGGGCAGAAUUUGUUCUGAAUGUAAGUCUAUUAUAUAAAACAAUAAUGAUGAUUUUGUGUUGUUGUUUUUUUAGUUACAUAAUAUUAAACCAAGUGUCAUUUUCCAGUAUUAUAAAAAGAUAAAUGCAAGCAUUUUCAAAAGGUUUGACAAAAGGUUUGAAAUGCUAGUACCAAAAGAUCAGUUGAUCAUUGAUGUGAUUCUCUGCACCUGUGUGAACUUGAUGAGAACUGACUGAAAAAUCACCAAAACACCAGCUGAACAAAACUCAUCGCUGAAGUUCUGACAUCUUUUGGUAGAUGCCAUUUAUUUCCAUAUUUUGCUGGUUCAUAGAGUAUGUAAUGAAUCACGGAUGUUUUAAAAUGUGUGUCAAGGGUCUAACAUUAAAUACUUUUGGAGCCACAAGACUAUUUAAUGUCUCUGCCUUUUUACGCCUCAGGUAAGUGUCUUCUCUGUAUUCUUCCAAAAGUUUUUUUUCCUUAAAAAUAUAGUUGUAACAUCAUUCUGAUGGUACAUGUACUUAUAAGUUGAAUGGCUUCUGUUUAUUUAUAUCCCGUGCUCCCCUCAAACAUCUGUUUUAUUUCAGUUAGUUUUGUGAGAGGGUGAGAAAUUCCACACAUUUGCUUUAAAUGCUUUAUUUACAGACUUCAUUCUUGUACCUUUAUGUGACAUAAUAACAAUAAAGACUUUGUUUUCAUAAUUGACAGACAAGCUGAUUAGCAUAAAAAAUCUUUUAAAAUUGAUAGAGUAAAAA